UGAUCCCCCAUCUUUCUGGAUUGCUUCUCUUUCGAUCAGCUCGUUUCUCCUGAUCUGAUCAACCCAGUGGACGAUCUGUGCCGCUCGAUCCGUGCCGCUCGAUUACUUUUCUGAGAGCUUUCUCUAGGCGACUACACUUUUUUCACCCCCUUUCCUGCCGCGAGACGCGACAGGCGGCGCCAGCCAAUCGGCGGAUCGGGCUUAGAAGAAAACCGCGGAUCGGUAAAACGAUUCUGAAAAUCGGGGUAGAUUAUAAAUUUUCGCGGAUCAAAUCUAGAUCCUCAUCCGAUCACUACCCAAAUAGUCAUCAUGCCUCCACCUACCAGCGCCAGCGGCGUCACUGCCGCGGUCUCCGUUACAACCACGCGCCUUUUAAUCACCUACCACCCGCACGACCUCCCGCCCGGCGGCGAUCCGCUUGUAUUGAGCGGGCCAGCCCCUCUUUGUAAGAACACUCGGCUCGAACCAGCAGGUUUCUCGUUUCACGAAGCCGCGAAGCGAUUGGCGGGAAUUCACGCGCCGGGGGAGGAGGCGGAGGACGCGGAGGGGGAUGGGGGGAAGGGCGGGAAGGAGAAAGAUACCGUUGACUCGUCGGCGUGGGAAAGUUCGCGGAAGAAGAAGAAGGGGAAGGACGGGAAGGACGGGGAGAAGCAGGAGCAGGACCACUACGCGCUGCUGGGAAUGGCGCACCUGAGGCACCUGGCGACGGACGAUCAGUUGAAGAAAGCUUACAGGGAUGCGGCGCUGCGCUUUCACCCCGACAAGCAAGCGUCGAUGCUGCUCGAGGAGCAAACAGACGAGGCACGAGCCAAGAAGAAGGAAGAGAUCGAGACCAAGUUCAAGGCCAUCCAGCUGGCGUAUGAGGUGCUCUCGGACCCCACCAAGCGCCGCGUGUACGACUCCACAGACGAGUUCGAUGACGAUAUUCCCGGGGAUUGCUCGCCCGAGAAUUUCUUCAAGGUGUACGGGCCGGCGUUUAUGCGGAAUUCUAAGUGGUCGGUUAUUAGCCCCACGGAGGUUCCGGGUUUAGGGGAUGAGACUACCCCAGUUGGGGAGGUGGAUAAGUUUUAUGAUUUCUGGUGGGGGUUUAAGAGCUGGAGAGAGUUUCCUAACGAGGAUGACUAUGACGUGGAGAGUGCGGAGAACCGGGAGCAUCGGCGGUGGAUGGAGCGGCAGAAUGCGAAGCUAAGGGAGAAGGCGAAGAAGGAGGAGAGUGCGCGGAUUAGACAGUUGGCGGAGAAUGCUUAUAGACAGGAUCCGCGGAUUUUGAAAAGGAAGGAGGAAGAGAAGAUGGCGAAGCAGAGGAAGAAGGAGGAGAAGCAGAGGGAGAGGCAGCAGAAGGAGGAUGAGGGGAAGCGGAAGGUGGAAGAGGAGCGGAAGAGGAAGGAGGAGGAGGAGAAGAGAGCCGCAGAGGAGGCGGCGGUGCUGAAGAAGCAGAGGGAGAAGGACAAGAAGGCCGCGAGGAAAGAGAGGCAGAGGCUGCGAACUGCCACGGCAGACUGCCUAGACUCCCUUGCGGCAGCAACUAAGCAGAGCAAGCAGAACAAGCAGCAGCAGAAGGGGGAAGAGCGGGAGGCGCCGAUAACAGAGGAGGACCUGGAGGUUCUCGGGCAGGGAUUGGACCUGGACAAGCUGCGCUCCCUCUGCGACAAGCUGGAGUCCUUGUCCGUCUCUGACGCAGCAGCAGAGAAGCUAGUCACAGCCGAGAAGAAACGACAAGCUCUCCGGCUCUACUCCACAGCCCUGAAAGUCAACCGCUGGGAGGGGCACGCCCCCGGGUUUGAAUACGACCAGAUCCCAACAGUAGUAUCCGAAGCGGCAGCGGCGGCGGCGGUGGCGGCGGCUGCAGAGCGGGAAGCGGAGCUGGAGAAGGAGAGGGAGGCGAGGCGAGCGGCGGCGGGGAGUGGCAAGCCGUGGACCCGUGAGGAGAUCGAGCUGCUCAGGAAGGCGGUGGGAAAGUUCCCCAAGGGCACGGGGCAGCGGUGGGAGGUGAUUGGGCAGUACCUGGGCACGGGGCGGUCGGCAGAGGAGGUGGUGCGGGCCACCAAGACGGUGCUGCUGCAGAAACCGGAUGAUACUAAGGCGUUUGACAGCUUCCUGCAGCGUCGCAAGAACCCCAAGGAUAUCGCCUCGCCUCUGUCCACCCGGGAGGAACUAGACGCGUCUGCAGCAGCAGCUGCUGCCGUUGCUCCUGCUGUGCCUGCCCCGUCAACCUCACCAGCCAAAGCAGCUGGUACCGCAGCAGCUGCAGCAGCAGCAGGAGGAGGGGGAGCGGGAGGAGCGGGAGCAACAGGAGGAGCAAAGGCAGCAGCAAAGCAAGGGGCAGGGACACCAGCAGCAGCAGCAGCAACAGCAGCAGCAGCGAAUGGGGUGGGGCCGGCAGGCAUAGGAGGGAGUCCAGGGGUAAAGGGCGCUAGGGAGGGGGCAGCAGCAGCAGCGGGUGCAGGGAAUGCUGCUGCAGGGGCAGCGGGGGAGGCUGCAACUGCUGGGGCAGAGAAGGCAGGGGCAGGUCAACCUGGGGCAGCAGGGGCAGGUGCAUCUGGGGAGGGUGCAUCUGGAGCAGGGCAGGCAGGGGCAGGGCAGGGUGCAGCUGCAGGCGUAGCAGCAGUGGAUGUUUGGAGCGAUGGGCAGGAGGUUGCUCUGGUGAAGGCUCUCAAGGCGUUUCCCAAGGACACGGAUAAGCGGUGGGACCGCAUCGCAGCAGCAGUGCCCGGCAAGAGCAAGGCGCAGUGCUUCAAGAAGUUCAGCGAGUUGCGGCAGAGCUUCCGCUCCAAGAAGAGCGGCGUCGCGGAGUAGCGGAAAGGGCAAGAGGGAGGGAGAAGGGAGGGGGGGGGGGGGGGGGGGGGGGGAGGGAAAGAAGGAAGGGGGGGGUGCCUCACAAGGACCAAGAAGUUCAGCGAGUUGAGGCAGAGCUUCCUCUCCAACAAGAGCGGCGCUGCGGAGUAGUGUGGGCGGCGUGUUGCGGGCAGGAGGGGGGAUGUUUCAAGAGCGGCUUCCCUUAAGGCAGGAUUCAGCGAGUUGAGGCAGAGAGCUUCUGAGCCAAGAAGAGCGGGAGGGCGGAGUAGUAUGGGCAGCUUGGUUGCGGCUCUGAUGUGGCACCAGGACUAGUGCGGGCAGCUUUGUUUGUGGCAGCUGUGUCCAGAGCAGUGGCACAUUGGCAAUGACAGCAGCAGCUGCUGUUUCAGCAGCUUCUGCCGUGGUAGGUAGCAAUGUACCCAAGAAGUGUAAAAGACGAAUUAUAGCAACAGCAGGACUUGGAUAAAAAAUGGCAGCGUUUGCGGUAGCGGAGGCUUGCGUGAUCUCUUAACUAAGUGCGAUGGUUCCACGAUUUUUAGUGUUAAAAAAUAGCUAUGGUUCAU